AUGACAUCCCCUUUUGCCACAUACCCGGCUCCCGAGCGCACUUUCAUCCAAUCUCGCGGUGGUGCCCCAGCAACGCGAGGAACCGGCGCAAAACGGGGUCGAAAACCAAAAGCCGCAACAUCCGCCACGAAUUCUCCUCGCCCGCCCUCGCAGUCGCCACUUCCUGGAACUGGCCAGCCCACAGAAAUGCAAUUGCAAUGGCGCGCAGUAUCAGGCAGCGCGCUACCAAGCCCUAUGCCAGUCACCGCGGGUUCGAGCACUGCCACUACUGGAACGCUGGGCACUGGUGUUCAGCAGCCACAAACAUCGUCGACGGUGACGUCGGAGACAGGCGGGAUGUUAAGCCUCCCAGGGACGAUACCCGCACCAACUGUAGCCACGGCAGAUUCCACAGCACCGAGACCUACUGGCGCUGCUCCGGGAGAGGAGGAAGGAGAAGGGGAAGAUGAGAUGCUGCCUGCAAUGGCAGAUGACGAUUAUUCUGCACAGCUAUCGUUUCAGAGUCAGUCGAAAGACAACCUCAAAGUUCUCAUGGAUAAUUUCAGCCCGGAGCAAUACGACCGUUUCGAAGCAUAUAGGCGGCAUGCACUACCCAAAGCUGCCGUUCGGAAGGUGGUCCAACAAUCACUCCAACAGCAAAUUUCCCAGCCGGUGGCUCAAAUAGUGGCAGGCUUCGCCAAGGUUUUCGUGGGUGAGAUCGUCGAGAAAGCGCGGGCGGUACAGGAACGCCGAGAGGAGAAAGGACCUCUGUCUCCUGACCACUUACGCGAAGCGUACCGCAUGUACCAGCAGGAGACGGGACGAGUGGGAGCCGCGCGCCCUGUGCGGAGCAAGCGUCUGUUCGUGCGGUAA